AUGAAUUUAUCUGCUUCUGUUCACUUUCAUGAUUUCAACUUCAGUUUCCUGGAGCCUUUUCCUUUUGGCAUUGAUUUUUUAUUUUCUGGACACGAACCAAGCACAAUAGUUCUGGUGGUCAUGUACAUUGUAUCCUUCUUGGUUGGACUAUCUGGUAACAUUAUGGCACUGCUAGUGCUGACAAGGAGAAAGAACCGUCUUACCGCCGCGUCGGCGACCAGGCGACUUUUGGUGAACCUGGCGGUUUGUGACAUGAUGGUCGUGUGCGUCUGCAUGCCCGUAAACCUGGGACACCAACUGUCCAACGCGUGGGUGUUUGGGGAUUUCUUGUGCCGCGCUGUGCCAUUUGUCCAAGCGGUGUCCGUGGCGGCGAGCGUUUUGAGUCUCGCUGUCAUAAGUCUGAACCGUUACUACAGCGUGCACAACCCUCUCCACGCCAGGUCUUUCUUUACCGGGCGAAAGAUUAUUGGCAUGAUAUGUGUGGUAUGGACCAUUUCGUCUGGGCUGUGCAUGCCUUUGAUCUUCACGAUUCAAACUAAAACGAUUGACUUGCUGGACGGGGCUCACCGCAUAACUGUCUGCGUGGAAAGCUGGUCCAAAGUGAGACUGCGCCAAGGGUACAACUUCUUGCUGUUCUGCGCGUUAUACGGGUUCCCUGUGCUGUUUAACCUCGCCAUCAGCUUCAUGACUGCAUGGAAGUUAUGGAGCUCAGAAACUAAAUUCAAACAAACCAAUAACAACAUCACGCAAUCUACGCAUCGCUCCAAAACGCGCAAGAAGAUCGCCAAGAUGGUCAUCGCACUAGUGGUGCUGUUCACCGUCUCCUGGUUACCGCUUUACGUAGUGGACAUCUGGAUAGAUUUUAACAUCCCUGCAGCCGCAUCAGCAGCCGAACUGGACCCGUCGGAUCACGUCGAGCACGAGUGGAUACUGCAAGGCAGACCUUUUGCGCAAUGGCUCGGGCUAACCAACUCAGCCCUGAACCCGCUUUGUUACUGUUUCGUGGGUAACCUGUACAGGUCUGCCAAAAGGUUCCGGAAGAGCUACAACGAGAAACUGUCGUCAAUCUUCAGCGCGCAUCAGUCGUCUGUCAGCAAUUCUGCUGCCUCGGAGUACCCAUCUUUCCACCGCGGGUCUUCGCAGAAAGUCGCAACAGAAAAGCGCGGCUGGAGGACCAGCAUUAAGGAUAAACUUUCUAAAAGCAAAAGUCUGUCGUCUAUUACUGUCUUAGAAACAACGUUUGACUGA